CCGCCGCGCGGCCCCGCCCCGCCCGGAUUGCGGGCCCUGCGGAAGUGCGGGCCGCGCCCUGGAUGCUGUCGCCUGCGGCCACGCUUGGCCGCGUCGGGCGGGGUCGCCCGGAGCCUCACGGUGUCGGACCCCCCACUUUCUGUGUUUGUUUGGCGGACACCUCGCGGAGGGACGACGGCGUGGGGGCCUUGUGGCCGGGCUGUCCGCUCAUCACUGCGCAUCGCCUGCAGGGAUCCGAGUGUCCCAGGCUAGCGGUGAGCAUGGCAGAACAGGAGCCCACUGCUGAGCAGCUUGCCCAGAUAGCGGCCGAGAAUGAGGAAGAUGAGCACUCUGUCAACUACAAGCCCCCAGCCCAGAAGAGCAUCCAGGAGAUCCAGGAACUGGACAAGGAUGAUGAGAGCCUUCGGAAGUACAAGGAGGCCCUGCUGGGCCGAGUGGCUGUCUCUGCAGACCCCAAUGUCCCCAACGUCAUUGUGACCCGCCUGACCUUGGUGUGCAGCUCUUCCCCGGGCCCUCUGGAACUGGACCUGACAGGUGAUCUGGAGAGCUUCAAGAAACAGUCAUUUGUGUUGAAGGAAGGUGUGGAGUACCGGAUAAAAAUCUCUUUCCGGGUGAACAGAGAGAUCGUGUCAGGCAUGAAGUACAUCCAGCACACAUACAGGAAAGGGGUCAAAAUUGACAAGACUGACUACAUGGUUGGGAGCUACGGACCCCGGGCUGAGGAGUACGAGUUCCUCACACCCAUGGAGGAGGCCCCCAAAGGCAUGCUGGCGCGGGGCAGUUACAACAUCAAGUCCCGCUUCACAGACGACGACAAGACUGACCACCUGUCCUGGGAGUGGAACCUCACCAUCAAAAAGGAAUGGAAGGACUGAGUUCCAGCUGGGAGGCGGGCAGGGCGAAGGACAGACAGAAGGACCGACAUGCCCCACCCCAAACCCCUCCCCCCCCCCCAAACCAAAGUGCUGACAGGACCCUCCCUCACCAUUCCUCCC